GGAACGUAUCCCCGCUUUGGACAUCAACAGUGAAGCCAUCACCGCUGUUGUCCACAGCAGUGAUUGCCCCCACGUUUUACACAGCCCUGGUAGGUGGACAGGUAGGUAACAGCUACCUAGCCAUCACCGCUGUUGACUAAGGCGAUGAUGGUUCACCGCCUUUGUCCAAAGCGGUGAUUGCCUCCAAUUUUUCCUAUAAAAAGCCACGCCCCCUCUUCCCUCCUGCUGCCAAACACUCCUGCUGCCAAACAGAAAAUUAGUACCAAAAUUAUCGUUUUCGCAGCUGGUUCCUCCGUAGUUUACUGCUCAAGAAACUCGUCGGGAUUCGGUUCUUCUGCCGGAGGGUAUGGUUGGGGAGGUACUUCAAGCAACUACGGAGGAGGUAGUUCUGAAGGAGCUGUUGGGUGGGAAGAAUACCUGCCACAUGGUGGUGAGACUGCCGUCGAUAUCGUUCAGCCCGACGGUGAUCAAUGGCCUGCUUGGGGUCCAGAGUGGGGUGACAUUGAAAACACCCUUCGAACUGGGCGUACUUCGCAUGACCAAGAAGGCGAUGCUGGUUAUGCUGCUAACGAUGACCCUCCUUCGCCGAGCUAUCCAUUCGCCUCCAGUGACGAUGAAAGUGAGGAAGAUUUGAGAUCAGUCAGUGAGGAGGAAGAUGCGGACGAUAACGACGAUAUCGAUGACAGUGAGG